GUCCUCAAACCGGAUAGCGUUUAUGUAGAGGAAGUUUUGUUUUGCGAGUUUUCCGUCCGUUUCGACUCGCCGAGGUCCUAAUUUAUGCGCGUUAAAGAAUACAAAGUUAUGGUUCUCUGAAUUACCCUUGUCAGACAGGCGCACCGGUUUUUGAAGUGAGAUUACAAGAAGCGAGCUGCUUGAAGCGACGGUGCUGAACACUUUCAGAGUAACCCGAGAGCAGCUCGCUGCUAAGCUAACAUUAGCCUCCGGUCUGCGGUGUGUUGAAGGGCUGUCUGAGCUAACGAAGCCAUGGGGAACCGGGGCAUGGAAGACCUGAUUCCCCUAAUCAACAAGCUACAAGACGCCUUCAGUUCAAUUGGUCAGAGUGUCAAUUUAGACCUUCCUCAGAUUGCUGUGGUAGGCGGACAGAGCGCAGGGAAAAGCUCUGUCCUGGAAAAUUUUGUUGGCAGGGACUUUCUUCCUCGCGGAUCAGGCAUUGUUACUCGCAGACCUCUCAUUUUGCAGCUGGUCAAUAAUAUAGCAGAACAUGCUGAAUUCCUGCACUGCAAAGGAAAGAAGUUUGUGGAUUUUGAAGAAGUGCGGGCAGAAAUUGAGGCGGAAACGGAUAGGAUUACAGGAUCCAAUAAAGGCAUUUCUCCUAUCCCCAUUAACUUGAGGGUCUACUCCCCAAAUGUUUUGAACCUGACUCUUAUUGACCUCCCGGGUAUGACCAAGGUUGCUGUUGGAGAUCAGCCCGCAGACAUUGAGCAUCAAAUCAGAGACAUGCUGAUGCAGUUUAUCACCAAGGAGAGCUGUCUGAUCCUGGCAGUCACCCCUGCUAACAUGGACCUGGCUAACUCAGAUGCUUUGAAGAUUGCCAAAGAGGUGGACCCACAAGGUCUUCGCACCAUUGGUGUCAUAACAAAAUUGGACCUUAUGGAUGAAGGCACAGAUGCAAAGGAUAUUCUCGAAAAUAAACUGCUUCCAUUAAGGAGAGGUUACAUUGGUGUGGUCAACCGGAGUCAAAAAGACAUUGACGGUAAAAAAGACAUCCGAGCUGCUUUAGCUGCAGAGAGAAAGUUCUUCCUGUCCCACCCCGCCUAUCGACACAUGGCAGACCGUAUGGGCACCCCGCAUCUACAAAAAACUCUCAACCAGCAACUGACCAACCACAUCAGGGACACUCUGCCUGGGCUGCGCAGUAAGCUGCAGAGUCAACUGCUGUCUCUGGAGAAGGAGGUGGAAGAGUACAAGAAUUUCCGUCCUGAUGAUCCGACUCGCAAGACAAAGGCAUUGUUGCAGAUGGUCCAGCAGUUUGGUGUGGACUUUGAAAAAUGCAUCGAGGGAUCUGGGGACCAGGUGGACACUAACGAGCUGUCAGGUGGUGCCAGGAUCAACCGACUCUUCCAUGAACGUUUCCCUUUCGAGCUAGUCAAGAUUGUAUUUGAUGAGAAAGAACUGAGGAGGGAAAUCAGUCAUGCAAUCAAAAAUGUCCAUGGUGUCAGAACGGGGCUGUUCACUCCAGAUCUGGCGUUUGAGGCCAUCGUGAAAAAGCAGAUUGUUAAGCUGAAAACGCCCUGUCUGAAAUGUAUCGAUCUGGUCAUUCAAGAACUCAUCAACACAGUCAGGCAGUGCACCAGCAAGCUCAACUCCUACCCCAGACUGAGAGAGGAGACGGAGAGGAUCGUCACCACCCACGUAAGAGAAAGAGAAGGGAAGACCAAGGAUCAGGUUCUGCUGCUGAUUGACAUUGAGCUGUCUUACAUCAACACCAACCAUGAAGACUUCAUAGGCUUUGCCAACGCUCAGCAGAGGAACAUUGCUGCAAACAAAAAGAGGGCAGUACCUAACCAGCUUGCCGGUUUAGGCGAGGCCCAGGAAGAGAAGGUAGAGUCUCCAGACUUACAAAAGUGUCACCAGUUGUAAUUCCAACUGUGGUGCACAGCUGCCAGUAAUUUGGACUAACACUUGACUUAUUUAAACUUGUAAUGUUUUUCUUUUAGGGGGCAGUAAUUGCCAGUAAUUCUACUAACAACGUUCAAGUGUAAAUUUUGAAAAAGGUCUUAAUUUAUUGUCGUAGUACGCUACAAUCCUACUGUCUCUCCACUGAGGACAAGAGAGAGGAUGAAGAACCCUACAGCCUGUAAUUGCGGAGGUGUCAGUUCCUCUGUCUCUUGGUGUUUACCUCUGCUGCUGCCUCAUGCAUUGUGAUCCAAAUGUUUGCCUUGUGAGAACCGUCCUGAAGGUCACUGGGGGAAUAACGGGACCAAUCAAAUCAGCGACAUACACAAAAAGUGUAUUUUUUGUUUUUUUUUUAUUAUUUGAAAAAAUAUGACUUUCUUUUCUUUUACGUAAAAGUUCUAAAAUUCUACUAACAUAAUCAAAUGUCUGACGAUAAUUUCUCAUCUCAUCCAAUCUGUUUUUUAAUUAAUCUGGUGACUUGUCAUGGCUUUGGGGUGUAUGCUAAUGGCUAAUACAAAAUAAAUCCUCGCCAUCAUAUCUUUGUUUUAUUUUCUAGAGUUUUAUCAAGGCAAACUUCAUGUUUAUACACAAUACAUACAAAAUGUCCACACACCCCUAAAAAAAGCAAAGUUUUUGUAAUGUAAGAAAAUGAGACUAACAAAUCAUUUUAGAACUUUUUUCCACCUUUAAUGCAACAGAUAAGCUCAAUUGGAGGAAAAAAAAUCUUUUAGGGGGAAUAAUAAUAAUACUGUGGUGUCAUAAGUGUGUGUACCCUUAAAUACUUUAUUAAAUACCUUUACUCCACUAAUGAAAAGGCUGGCUCAGAGCAUCAUGCUGCUACCACCAUGCACCACUGUGUGUAUGAUACGUUUUUGGUGGUGUGCAGUUUUUGAUCCAAAUACUCUUACUUUUUGAUGAAAUAUGGGCUUUAUCUGACCAGUCACACAUUUUCCUACUUGAUUUUGGAAAACCCAAGACACGUUUUCACAGAAUUUAACUGCUGGGUUUGGAUUCCUUUUCUUGGUUAGAGAAGAUUUCCGUCUUGCCACCUGAUGACUGUCUGUACUGUUCUAAGAUGUAUUGAGUGCUUUGAAAGGUGUUUGUGCCCUGCUGCCCCAACUGAUUCCUCGUACCAAUGAGAUCUUUGCAGACUCUGGGUUUUAUUAUUGGCUUGCUAAUGAAAUUUAAGGGAACGAAAAGGGGCGAAAAACUACAGCUCAAUUUGUAUGUCCGGUUAAGCAGAGGCUGUUGAAAUGAUGGCAGUUUGAUUAGGACACCACUAUAUAUCAAGUUAUGAGGGUGUACACACUUAUGGAAACACAAUAUUUUACUAGUUAAAGCCGACAUACUUGUCAGAUGUAUUUUUCUUUCAGUUUUACAUCACAAUAAAAGUGGAAAAAACUAAAAUAAUUUAUUUUAGUCCCAUUUUUUUACAUAUCUCAAGCUUUUAAUAUUGAACUUGGAGCUUUUAUGUCCCCCACACACGUCUUAUGAAGCAUUUUUGUUGUUAAUCUCAGAUGUCUGUCAGCUUUAACUAACCAAUGAAUUAGCAACAUUUAAGCAGAACAUUCAAUAUAAACAUUUGUGAAAGGAAACCAGAGCAUCUAUGACUCCCCUAUAUAACGUACACAGGCUGACUGUAAAACACAGGAAACAAUAUUCCCAACUGACUGGAUUUAAAGUUUUUGGGUUUUUUCAUUUCUGUAAAGCUUGAGUCAUUUCUCUCCAGGAACUCUGUUACCUCCUCUCCCAUAUUGAUAUUGGCACUUUUACGCCAAGUAAAUAAGCUCCCUCUCUUCCUCCACCAUCUCCCACUGAAGUUCUCUUCUGAAUGGACAGAAAUUGUACAACCAAAGUCUGAAGAAGGAUUUGACAUGAACCCAACACAUUACCCCACGCCCCCCCAGCUUUUUUUUCCACAACGUACUUCCUGAUAUCGUAGUAGGAGUGCAUGGGAGUCGAUGUAUAAAGAUGUGAUUUUUAGAAGAGCUUUUGAAACUAGAUAACUUUUUUCUAAAAUAACCUCCUACAGUUAGCUGUUUCUGUCUCAUCCUCCUUCUCUUAACAUGUAACCAGCCGCUGUUUAGAUUUGUGCUUGUCUGAAAACGCAGCAUUUGUCUACUCAACUAACACAUUCGUUCUGUAUGCUUCUGAAGGAAAGCUGUUUAACAUUUUCUCUGUGUAAUUGAGCACCUCUGAUCCUCUGGUUAACUUCUGACGCCGCCGUCAACCUUUCGGAUUUGCCCCUAAAUUGGGGCAGGCAUGCCCUAGAAAGCAUCUCACUUUCUUGGUUUGAUUCAUUUUCUAUUGAGUAAAACAGAACUCAGGCUUUCAUUUCUGUUCAGUAGUUUCAGUCUGGGUACUGUAUAUAUUUUUUAACAUCUAACUGCCCAUUCUAAGAUGCACAUUUUACUAUCCUCUGAUUAUUCCAUCCUUUUUGCACUUCUGUCGUAGGAAGUCUUGACUAUCACUAAAAUCACAUUUAAAUUACGUUUAAUUUAAAACUUAAACAAAACUAGUGUUUAACCACACAGGUAAGUCAGUGUUUGAAUAAAUAAUUCAUCAUUUUUAAAUCUUACUUUCAGAACAGCUUAACUGUUUCUAUUGUUUCCCCAUCUCCCUGCAAUCCUUGUCUCCUCCACACGAUCCCUUCAUUGUGCAGGUAAUCAGGAAAGGCUGGCUAACCCUCAACAUCAGCAUCAUGAAAGGAGGCUCCAAGGAAUACUGGUUCGUGCUGACGGCCGAAUCGCUAUCCUGGUACAAAGAUGAGGAGG